GGUCAGACUAUGCUGUUUAGCAGCCGCUACUAACCAGCCGCUGGUAAAUAUCGCCAUCAGCCAGCGGAUCUGAGGGGUUCACAUUUAAGGUAACUAGCCGCUAGUACAGUUGAUGUUGGUGACUUGAAAACAUCGUGUGUGGUGUGUUGUGUGCAUCAUGUCAUCUAUUGGUGUGCGUCGUGAAGUUCUGAGACGUGUGUUAAAUUUUGGAAUAAAAGAGUUGUGUGAACAGAUGUUGAAACGGAAGAAAAGGCGAUGGUGGGUUAGAUCCUGGAUAUUAAGAAGAAACGAUCUGGGGGCAUCAGCAAGACUUUUUAAGGAACUAGAAUUGGAAGAUCCGUCAUCUUAUGCAAACAUUUUAGGAAUGUCAGUUCCAAAAUUUAAAGAGCUAUUAGAGUUAGUCACUCCGCUUAUCCAGAAAAAAGACACCAAAUUCCGUCAGGCUAUUCCAAGUAAAACAAAACUAGAAAUAACUUUACGUUAUCUAGCAACUGGAGACAGUUACAAGUCUUUGGCCUACCUGUUUAGAGUUCCUCAUAACUCAAUUUCAGUGUUCGUUCCAGAAGUGUUGAGCAGCAUUUACGAGGUUUUACAGCAGUUUAUCAAGGUACCUGAUAGAAUAGCUGAAUGGAAACAAAUUCAAAAGUCGUUUGAAUGUAAGUGGAACUUUCCUGAUUGCUGUGGGGCACUGGACGGAAAACAUAUCAGAAUUCAACGACCUCCAAACAGCACUUCUCUAUUUUAUAACUACAAGGGGACAUAUAGUAUUGUUUUAUUUGCCAUGGUGGAUGCAGAAUACUGCUUCAGAUAUAUUGACGUUGGAUGUGAUGGCCGAUCUAAUGAUAGUACCAUUUACAACAAUUCCACUUUGAAAAUUGCUCUUGAGAGAAACCUUUUAAACUGGCCUAUAGGAGGACUUUGCGUUGCCGAUGAUGCAUUUUGUCUCACGUCUUACAUGUUGAAACCAUAUUCACAUAGAGGUCUCUCUGUGGAAGAGCAAAUUUUCAAUUACAGACUAUCUCGAGCUAGGCGUGUUGCUGAAAACGCCUUUGGUAUCUUGGCCAGCCGUUUCCGCAUAUUCAGCAGACCUAUUCCAUUGGACGUGGGUACAGUGGAAAUUCUUGUAAAAGUAAGUUGUGGUCUGCACAACUGGUUAAGAAUGACAUCAUCACAGACGUAUAUGACCCCAGGAUCAGUUGAUGAAGAGGACUUGAUGACAGGAGUUAUAAACCCAGGUGAAUGGCGCCAAGACCCUAACACUAUGUCUCCAUUACAAAGACUGUAUGCAUCCAACAACUACAAACAAGAAGGAAAUGACGUGCGAGAGUGGUUCACCCAGGAGUUUACAACAACCUUGGCUGUUCCUUGGCAAAUGAAAUCUAUCGGACAUGAAUGUACUGAAAGCGACUAAUUUGCCCAAGAACUAUCUGAUACAUACACGAAGAAAUGUUUGUUUCUUAGGAAAAUUGACAGUAUUUGUAUGUACAUCAUUUUCCCAAAUAAACUUUAAUUUGCAGAAAAACAAUGUUUUCCAAAAGUAAUUGUCUCUACCUUAAAAAUUCCACGAUUACCGUACUAGAUUAGUUUUUAGACUACUUUAAAAAGAUUAAAUUUGUACUAAAAUAAACUUUAACCAGUUAACUGGCACUUUGACGCAUACAAUGGUUUUUAUUGGUUUUAGCCAAAAUGAGGGGCAACUUUUAACAUUUUCAAAUGAAUUUUCAAAACCCUAAUAUUUUGCUCCUGUAUAGGCUUAUACUUGACAUGUUUUGUGUACAUUUCGUCAAAUAUUAAACAAACCUUUAGUAAUAGUUAACAAAUUUAUACAAGUAAUAAAAAAUUAGUUUUGAAGAAUAAUCUUUAAGUUUUAUAUUUUUAACACAAAUCUAAGGUA